GGAUCAUAAAUCUGGUAACCAAUGCAUUUUCUGAAUUUGCUCAGGUUCCUAUCAAAAGCGCUCGAAAUACGUAGAUGUUACUGCUGGAUUUUCUACAGCAGCGCCACGAACGUGGAAAUGAGGAAGCUUUUUUUAAAAAAAAAUUGGGAAGAUAUGAACCUUCCUUAGCACCUCGUGGUUACUAUGGCAACAAGAUUGAAGCUUGCGGAACACUAAAGAGUGUAUAUCCAAAGCACACGAGUUUACUUUUCAGAAUAACAAUGUAAUUCUUCUGAAGUGUUACGAAAUGGCAGAGCUGCUAGAUCAUUCUCUUCAAGGAAGAUUAAGACAUUGGCAGCGAAUGUGUCGUACAUUUGUGAAAAAAGUUUCAUUGCAAAUAUAUUCCCGUACGGAAAAUGACAUUGGGAAAUGCGAAGUUGUUAGAAUCCACUGUGACACAUGACAACUAUAGUUAUUACUUAUUUUUACUUAUCUCAACUUUGUUGUUACUAGAUUUACUUAUCUGAACUUUUAUUUUAAAGUAAUAAUUAGUAAUGAGGUAAUUAACUUGAAUAUUGCUGUUUUUCUUCUUAUUUGUUUACAUAUAGAGUGAUUUAUCGAGUAUUGAAUUGUAUGUUUUGUUAAUCAUUUUUUUUAUUAUAUUAAUGUUAAAAAAGUAUAUUGAAUAUAUUGGAUUUUCAUGUGUUAAUACACACCAAGGACUGGUCUAUAUAUUGAAAUAAGGGGUGGAGAUUUGGAGUGACUUAUAUUAUCUUUAUGUUGAAUGCGUCUUUGUUUGAAUGAAGAAUUUCAAUGGCAUCACAUACAAAAGUAGACUGUUCCUCAUAUCAGAUUGUUAAAAGUGAAUCAUCAAAGCUUCAACAUGUCUCUUCAGCCCUGCCUUUGAAAAAUAUUUCUAAAACACGUAGUGCACAACUGUGUGAUGCCCUCCGACUAAAAGUUCAACAAAGUUUUCUUGAAAAAACACAAAAGAUUUUGAUAUGUACUUUAAAGAAUUUAGAACCACAUCACAUAAAGGAUUUAAAUGAUUAUAAUGAAGAAUCAAUUAAAAAAAGAUUGCAAGAAAGUGAAAAGUUGCAGAAGGAGGUCAUUGCAGUUGUUCAAUUGUUGAAAAACAUAAAGAAUGAUGUUACUAUUGAAAAACUGAAGGAAAUAAAUAUAGCUCAGUUUGAGGCAAGUCUGAUGGAUUUGGAUAACAAAAUGUCAAUGUUAAAGGAUAUGUGUGGGAAACAAAUCACCUUUCUGCGCCACCAAGAACAGGAACUACAGGUUCAUGUGACAUCAGUAUCAAAUAAAAUUGAUGAAUGGUCUAAACCAAUUAAAGUAGAUGCGGUGCUUCCAAGUGUCCAUCAGACUGCUGUUUUGUUCAAUUCAGGAAGUAAUUAUAAUGAGAAUAUUAGUUCAUUUCAAAAGUUUCUUCAAAUUCAUGGUGGUCAUACCGGUGGCUGGGAUGAAGGUGACCAUAUAACUUUCAUUCGUUUGCUAAGAAAAUAUCCAAAUAAACAAAUGCUUUACACACAUUUGCAAGAAGAAUUUCCAGAUAAACAACUGGAGGAACUUAAAGAACACUGUCAAUGGUUUGCUGAGUAUGAAGAUCUUAAAGUAAAGCAAAAGCAAGCAAUUACUGAUUGGCGUGCCUCUAAAAAUUAUUCUUUACGUAAAACAAUGAGCUGUUCUGCACCAUUGCCAGUUCAUACCAUAGCCAAAGAAGAAAAGAAACUUGAUUUUUGUACUAGUGAGUACAGAGAGCAGCAAAAGCAACAACUAGAACAAUGGAAGAACAUGAAAGAACUUGAGGCAGAAAUGAAAGUUCUCAAGAAAAAAGAAGAACAGCAGAAACAAUUAAUUGAAGAGGAAACAAGAAAACUUCGACAUGCCAUACAAAAGGCUGAAGUAGAGAAGUAUAAAAAGAAAAAGUUGAAGGAAGAGCUUGCUGUGGCUUUAGAGAAACAAGCUUUAGAAAAUGCUCAGGCAGAAGAACGUGCAUAUAAUGCCAACAAGUCAUUGAAAGUUUUCAGGCAGAGAGAUUUGGAAGUUCUUACGCGACAAAAAGAAAUGAAAGAUAAACUUCAGCAAGAAAGAACGAAAAAGCAGAAAGCUCUGGAAGCCCUGCGGGAGACGGUGCGCAUUGAAGCGGCUCGAGACCCUCACAGGUUGCUGCGGCCGACUGGCGCUUGGAGGGAGCGUACCAAAGUUACAAGGAGUGCAGAUGCGGGUACUCGAUUAGCGGUGCCUCUCAAUGUUCAGCAAAUGCCUCAUUUGUAA